GAAUAAUACGAAAUGAUAUGAGACCAGGUUGCAACUGCAGCCCUGUUCCGAAAGGAACGUGAUCAAUUUUCACCCGGUGCAAAAACGCCUACCCGGGCCGGAUUAUACGAAUCUUUCCCAAUGCAAUGAACGGGACAGCGGUGCUUGAAGAAGUGAUGGGCGAGUAAAAUCGAUCAACUCUCGGUUUUGUUUCUAAAGAUUGGUGUCAACGUAAAGUCAAUCCAAGUUUUUGGUGUUUAUUUGCAAGUUACGGCGGGACUCAAACAACAUACGGAGGGGAAUUGAAAAUGGAGGUAGAAAAGGAAAUAAAGAAGAUGACCCUGGGCCACGAGAUUGGUGCCGGAGCCGCGUGCCUGAAAUGCAAGGACAAAUGCGAGGGGUUCGAGCUGCACUUCUGGAGAAAAAUCUGCCGGAACUGUAAGUGUGGCCUGAUGGACCACGAUGUUCAGAUGAACUCUGAGGAUGACAGGAAGGUUGGCAAGCUGUUUGAGGACACCAAGUACACGGGUCUCGUCGCCAAGCUCAAGACAGACGGCGCCCCCACAUACAAGGGCAACCAGGUCACCUUCUCCAUCUCCCCCAGCCCCAUGUUAGCCACCUCUGUACCAUACAGUCCCCACACUGUGCUAGCCAAUGCUGGCUAUGGUGCUGAGGGUGGGGUCGGGUGCGGUGUUGGGGCGGGGGCCGUACCUGGGUCUGGUGCUAGGAAUGGUGCUGGGGCCGGUGCUGGGCCCGCUACCAUGUCCAAACCAGGGGCAAUCAGACCUAAUGCUGUGUCAGUCAAUGCCGUGCCAGUCAGGAAGGAUGCUGUGAAGUCUGUCACCUACGAGUGGGCACCACCAGGGGUCAAACAGUAUAUGGCUGUCCGCUACAUUGAGCUCCUGCCCCCAGAGAGGCGUCCCAUAGCGGGCACGGAGGGUGCAGCCUACCGCCGGCAACAGAUGGCAGUGCAGCUACCGGAGCAUGACCAGGACCCGGCCAAGUGCCACGAGCUUACCCCCGCAGAGGUGAAACAGAUGCAGCAGUUCGUCCGCAAGUACAAGGACGAGGCCCUGGGAGUGGGAGACAUCAAGCUGCCCGAGGAGAUGAUGGGACAGGGUCUGGGUCAGGAGAGAGCACCAGGCAUGGGAGCACCAGGCCAGGGAGGACCAGGACAAGGACGACCAGGGAUGGCAGAACACCCAGGGAUGGCAACAGCUGGGGGAGCCUUUGGGCCUGCAGGUCCUGGUCUUCGGACUAGACCCGGGGCUGGGGGUGCACUUGGGCCAGCAGGACCAGUUCAGCCUGGGACGGGGUCUGGGGGUUACCCUGGGGCUGGAAAGGGUGCACCAGAAGACAUGGGUACUGCUGCCACCACUACCGCUGGGUCAAUGGGCACUCCGGGAGCCCCUGGAUCUCACCUGGCUGGGCCCUGUGGACAAUACUCGUGCCACCAGUGCCAACUGCCCAUGCGUCAGGGCGAGCCUGCGGUGUACGCAGAGCGUGCUGGCUAUGACAAGCUGUGGCACCCGGCCUGCUUCGUGUGCUGCACCUGCUCAGAGCUCCUGGUGGACAUGAUCUACUUCUGGAAGAAGGGACAGCUCUACUGCGGACGCCACUACGGAGACAGCGAGAAGCCCCGCUGUGGAGGCUGUGACGAGCUGAUCUUCAGUAAUGAGUACACACAGGCCGAGGACCAGAACUGGCACCUGAAACACUUCUGCUGCUUCGACUGUGACUGUGUUCUGGCUGGAGAGACCUACGUUAUGGAGAACAACAAGCCUGUCUGCAAGCCCUGCUACAUGAAGAGCCACGCAGUAAUAUGUACAGCCUGUCAGAACCCAAUGGAGCCCGAGGCCCAGCGCGUCUCCUACGGAGAGUUCUACUGGCAUGCUGAGCCCCAGUGCUUCCAGUGCUCCUGCUGUGCUAAGUGUCUCAUUGGAGAGCGCUUCAUGGCCAUACAGGGCAUGCUCUUCUGCUCUGUCGAGUGCAAGAAGAAGACCAUGACCUAGAGAAGACUAUGUGGCCCAGAGCAGCUCAACCUGAUGACAAAAUUAUUAAAGUCUGGUCUAGAAUGUGAAUAAUGGUCAUUUCCCUUGACCUCAAACAGCGUGGUUCAGUCUGCAACUGAUUCUUGCCCAGAUCAACUCUGCUCCUGAUGACAACCAACCCUAGUCCUGAACCCUAGUCCUGAACCCUAGUCCUGAACCCUAGUCCUGAACCCUAGUCCUGAACCCUAGUCCUGAACCCUAGUCCUGAACCCUAGUCCUGAACCCUAGUCCUGAACCCUAGUCCUGAACCCUAGUCCUGAACCCUAGUCCUGAACCCUAGUCCUGAACCCUAGUCCUGAACCCUAGUCCUGAACCCUAGUCCUGAACCCUAGUCCUGAACCCUAGUCCUGAACCCUAGUCUUGAACCCUAGUCCUGAGCUAAUUUUAGUUUUCACUCUGCUUAUUUCCACUCAAGACUGCAACCGAUCAUCUGAAUAACAGUUGGGAAUAACCUCUAUUGUCUGUUUCUCACUUGACAUGCAACUGUUUUGUUCUACUGUAUCUCAAUGAAACUACUCUAGUUUUAUUGAGAUACAUUUUGUUGAAGUCUUGUUUCAGCACACUUUUUUUACAUUUUUACAGUCACUUAUUCAUCCGAGUGUAAAUCAUCUUUGGAUUCACGACUCGGUCUACUACCAAAAUAACUACCUUGGGUUGUUCUCAUAUCAUUCGGCCUGUUGCUUUCUCUCUAGAAUGUACGACUGAUUACAGACAUCCAACUCGAAGCAGCAGUAUAAUAGCAAUAACCUUACAAGAAAUGAUGCUUUGUGUGCAGUGUUUUUUCUUUUCCACUAGAAGCAGCUCUUCAUUGUUGUUACAGGCGGAUAAGUAUCUGACUAUGCCAAGUGGCUGACUGAUUCUCUCCAACACAGUCCUGGAGAACCCAUGGGGAGCGCAGGUUUUCACAAGUGACACUUUUAUGGAAAACAUCACUGAAAUGUGAAGGCAGGUGAUGUCAUAUCUAUGCGAUCGACAGAACGUCUUCAAAUUACGAUGACUCUUGAGGACCAACGAAAUGAGAAAGUACUUUUCUUUCUACUGUGGUGUCUAAUGACCUGCAUCCUCCUUUCUUUCCUGCUGUCUUUUUUUUUUUUUGUAUUAUGAUAUUGUCUUCUCAAUAAUUUGCCAUUUUGCUUUCCUUUGUUUCUUGCUCAGUGAAAAGCACUUUAUGAUAUUUUCUCCUCACGCUCUUACAACCUAAUAAAGAUUUUUGCCAUGAUUA